AAUUCCGGUCACACACGUUCAACAGACACAAAAUAACAACAUUUUUAACUAUUUAAUUUAAGCCAUUAUAGAACAGACAAAUAGGCAUUAGCUAACGGUGUGGAAAACUGCAUCAGCAUCCAUAUACCCUGAAUGCACUUGAAGGUCAAAGGGUAUACGGAAACCAUCAGAGCGAAAGAAACGCCACAGAGCGGUAGGGCACAAGCCAGCAAACAUUUUCGGUCAAACUUUUAACAAGUUUUUGCGGCCGAAAUAUGACGGCGUUGCGGUAUAUGGGCUGGCUGACGGGCUGCUCGGUGUUUACGGCUCUUGUAUCGAUUAUCUGGCAGGCGUUCCUCACACUGAAGACUCUAAAUAGGACCACAGUGCUGCUUACCGGUCUCCUGGCCAUCGAGAGCAGCCUGAAGAGACCAGCAUACGAGCCUGCCCCAAAGGUAGCCAUAGGGUACGGAGCCUGCACAGAUUUGCAGAUCAACGCCACGGAGUUCCUGAACAGGUUCUACAAGGGGCGGAUUCCCAAAGUGACAACAUCCGCCAGGGACGUCGUCAAAAACGAAGACGAGCUGCUUCAGUCUUUUGCCUAUUACUUUCAAAACGGAGCGGCUGCGGAGCGAGUUAUGGCCAAUGGAACAUUGUUUAAACAAUUGAUUGGGUAUGCCAAGGUGAUGGACAAGGAGCGUAUCCAUUGGUACAUGGGCGGCAAUGCUCCGCUGAUGGCUGUGCGAUUUUUCAUGGAGGGAGCCGAAGUCUUACUGGGCGCUCACAUGUCCAAAAAACUGCGCCCCCUGCUGCCCAAGGAGAUUCGUCUGGCAGGCGAGGAGAUCCCCGACGAUGACAUACAUAUAAUACUGGAGUACAUGGCGGGCGAUGCCUGGGGUCUGUUGGUGGCACCGCGUGCUAACCGCUAUAUACUGCACAGCGACAAGAACAAUCCGCAUAUCAGGGCGGUGGAGCAGAUGACGAAUGCCUUGAAGGUUUACCAACCCCAGUUGCUAGUGGUUAGUGGCCUCCAGAUGAUGGACAUGUUCAGUUUUAACCCGGGCGAGCGAGAGAAGCGCCUGCAACAAGUGAAAAUGCAGCUUACCAGCCAGCCCAGUGACACACGGAAUCAUUUUGAGAUGGCCUCCUAUGUCGAGCUGAAGCUGCUGCAGGAGCUGCGUCACUUUGUCCUUCCGUAUGUAGACUCUCUCGGCAUGAAUGAGCAGGAGCUUUCCAACUUGCAGCAGGUUCUUACCCAUGACCGCACCACCCUGGCAACCGACUCCAAUCCACGCAUUGCCCACACACUCGAUCAAAUGCGACAAGUUUUCAUCAACUUGAUGGAGGAUUUCAGCGUAGAGAGCCGUAGCGACCCCAAGCGACGCAAGAUCUCGCGACUUCAUGUGCACACACUCGCCCACCAGGCGAUCCUGACCAUCGCCGACUCGCAGUGGAAAAACACGCGUGCUGCAGCGGCCAAGGCGGCCCUGACCGCUCAUCGCUACGUCUGCAAAUCGCAGUUUAUAAAUCCGGAGUCCGUGCUUCAGGUGCUGGACGACAGUUUCGCCACAUCCAUGCAGGAUAAUGCGCCACGCAUGCGAAUCGGCGCGGCCAGUCCGGUUCCUUGCUGGAAGGAGUACAUACAAUAUGGUCGCCAACUGGAGCGCAUUAAGGUUGAGAUCUGUGUGGCCCCCGUGCUGGUCUGUCGCGUGGCCAGAAAAACGGCAGGCGCAGGGGAUAACAUAUCUGCCUCGGGCCUGGCAGCGCAGCUGUAAUGUAUAACAUUAAGCAUACAAACACGAAGACAGUGAAAACGAUGGGACCGCAAGACUGCUUAGUAUUUACCCAGAAACGAAACCUGCAAUCCAAGAGUCGA